UUUGCCCAGAAAAGCACCCCGUCGAAGGUUUGAAAGGAAACAUAACUGUAAAAUAUCAUGACCUCGGAAAGGAAACCACUACCAUUCAUUGCCAACUUCACCGCGGGUGCCAUCGCUGGUGUCUCAGAGAUCCUGACGUUCUAUCCUCUGGAUGUCGUCAAGACUCGUAUGCAGCUGGACACGGGAAAGUCCAAGCAUGGUCUCGUAGGGAGUUUCCAAACGAUCAUUAAGGAGGAAGGUGUAGGGAGGCUAUACAGAGGUUUGGUACCACCUCUCCUUCUGGAAGCGCCCAAGCGUGCAGUGAAGUUCGCUGCAAAUGACUUUUGGGGAAAGACCUAUCUUCAGUUUUCUGGAGAAAAGAAAAUGACUCAAUCAUUAUCGAUAUUAACCGGUUGCAGUGCUGGUGCAACCGAGAGCUUCGUUGUCGUCCCUUUCGAGCUCGUCAAAAUCAAGCUUCAGGACAAGACAAGCACCUUUGCUGGGCCCAUAGACGUGGUCAAGCAGGUUAUCAGAAAAGACGGUGUCCUUGGUCUCUAUGCUGGCAUGGAGGCUACAUUCUGGAGACACUUGUGGUGGAAUGGAGGAUACUUUGGGUGUAUUCACCAAGUCCGCACCAUCCUUCCCAAAGCCGAGACACCUCAAGCCCAGCUGUUGAACAACUUCAUUUCGGGUACCAUUGGUGGACUGGUUGGGACAAUGAUCAAUACCCCGUUCGAUGUCGUGAAGUCUCGUAUCCAAGGUGGCAGUAAGGUGCCAGGUGUAGUGCCCAAAUACAACUGGACAUACCCGGCAUUGGUAACGAUCUUCCGAGAAGAAGGCGCCGCAGCCCUUUACAAGGGUUUCGUGCCGAAGGUCUUGCGGCUUGCACCUGGUGGAGGUGUCUUAUUAUUAGUCGUGGAGUUCACUCUCGGGGUAUUCAGGCAAGCGCUCGGACCUCCUUACAUUUGAAUGAUAGACAAGUAGACGGUUCUUCUUGGGUGGCUUAUUAUUAUUGUAGGGUAGUAAAUAUACUCACAUUUUUGCGACCCGAGUUCCAAUUUGGACAUCUUGAGCAAGGGUUUCAGCGCGAUGUGUAUAUUUAAUACUCCUGAAUGG